AUGAAAAUAAAACUGUAACGGUGACAUUGUUCUCUAAACAUUUUAUGUGAUAAAUUAAAUCAAACUCGAAAAUCAAUCAAUAAUGUACCCGCCAACACACAAAUCCCUAGUCCGGCCCCGAUCAAGCUUAUCCACGACUGAGGAAAAUCGGUUGAAGCCCGGGCUAGGCCGCUCGGCGAAAUGGUGCCGGCCCUCGCUGACGGUGCUUUCGCUCGCCGGAGCGUGUGCAUUUCUCUUCGUUUUGUGUCUGUGCUUGGUGUGCGCACUCGUGGUCGUUGGCAGAAAUUUCGCUCGAGGCGGCCCGCCGGCAGUCGCAAUUCAACCCGCCGCCGGUGGCAGUGUCAAGUCAGUGAACUCCGCAAACGUCAUCGGGGAAACUCGUACCGUGAUUCAGACAGUCGAGGACGCCGCGGGUAAACAAACUCAGAUUUCGCGCAUCCCCAAGGCCGUGCAGCCCAUUGACCCCGUCGACUUGCAAGAAGUUACCUUGCUUUCCUCCGACCGCUACUGGGACUUAGUCAAUUCGCGCCAGAAAGUCGUAUUCCGGCCGGGAAAAGUGCCUCCGCUGCGCGACGACGAUAGUGAAAGUGACGAUUCCGUGAAAAGUGUACAAUUCGCGACGAAGUCAGCUGGCAAGGGGUCGACGACCGCCGUCAUGUCGAAAGUGAUACCGAAGCUCACCUUCCGGUUGCCGGCCUUCAUCAAGCCGCGCGAGUACAAUCUGUGGCUGCACCCGCACCUGGACUCGAAGCGUUUCACCGGAAAGGUCUCGAUCGAGCUGGACGUCCAGCAGCCAACCGCGUUCAUCCCGCUGCACUCGAAGCGGCUCAACAUCACGGCGACGAGCGUGUUCCGCGUGCAGAAGGACGGCUCCACGGUGCCGGUGAAGGUGCUGCAGACGUUCGCGUAUGACCCGCACGAGUACUGGGUCACGGAGUUCGAGAAGCCAAUCGAGCCCGCGACGUACCACAUGAAGCUGUCGUUCGAGGGCAGCCUGACCGACCGCAUCGUGGGCCUGUACCAGAGCUCGUACCUCGACAGGAAGACCAAGAAGAGGAGAUGGAUCGCUACAUCAAAAUUCGAACCAACAUAUGCCCGUCAAGCAUUCCCAUGUUUCGACGAACCAGCCAUGAAAGCCAAGUUCAAAGUAACUCUCUACCAUCCAAAGACAGACGACUAUCACGCUCUCUCCAAUAUGAACAUCCUGGAAACUACCGACUACGACGAUAAUACCAUGAUGACUGUUUUCGCCCAAAGUGUCCCGAUGAGUACAUACCUGUCGUGCUUCAUAGUGUCUGAUUUCGAAUUCAUGAGCAAACCCAUCAUUGCUGAGUUUGGUAACGACUUCGAAAUGAAAGUCUACGCUACACCGGACCAACUGGAAAAGGUCGAAUUCGCCUUGGAUGCAGGCGUUGGGGUUACGCAAUACUAUAUCAGCUAUUUCCAAAUUGAAUAUCCACUACCAAAAUUGGAUAUGGUUGCGAUACCUGACUUCGUAUCCGGUGCUAUGGAACAUUGGGGGUUGGUAACUUUCCGUGAAACUGCUUUAUUAUACCACAAGGAUAUCAGUUCAGCGAUUAACAAGCAACGAAUAGGAUCAACGGUAGCUCACGAGUUGGCGCAUAUGUGGUUCGGAAAUUUGGUUACAAUGAAAUGGUGGAAUGAUUUAUGGUUGAAUGAGGGUUUCGCUACUUAUAUUUCAUACAAGGGAUUAAAUGCAGUUUAUCCUGAAUGGGGCAUGCUCGAUCAGUUUCUCACUUCCGACCUGCAUGACGUAUUGAAAAUUGACGCCACUCUAGCAUCUCAUCCAAUUGUACAAACUGUCGAGAAUCCUGACCAAAUAACUGAAUUAUUCGAUACCAUCACAUAUUCUAAAGGUGCUUCAAUUAUUCGUAUGUUGGAAAGUUUUGUAGGUGGGGAAAUAUUCAAGCAAGGAGUGACAAACUACUUGAAAAAAUUCAGUUUUUCAAAUGCUGUAACGGAUGAUUUCCUCACGGAAAUCGCUGCAUUAGUUUCGGAAGUUGAUGUGAAACACGUCAUGGAGACAUUCACAUUGCAAAUGGGUGUUCCAGUGGUUGAAGUUAAAAAAAUUUCCAAUACUCAGUACAAACUGACGCAAAAGAGAUUCUUCUCGAACCCAUCGGAUGAGCAAGGAUCGUAUGAAGAUUCGCCAUUCAACUAUCGUUGGUACAUUCCGAUCACCUAUUUCACAAAUGAAAACAAGGAUGCUGUCGAGACUGUUUGGUUCGACAACAAGGACACUGAACUAAUCAUCAGCAACGGCUUGUCUUCCACUACCGAAUGGGUCAAAUUUAACAAAGAUCAAAUGGGCUACUAUCGCGUAAACUACGAAGAUACAGUUUGGCAAGAUUUAGCCAGAGCUUUAGAUACAAACAUUGAUGUGAUGAGUCCUUCCGAUCGUGGUCAUCUUUUGAACGACGUUUACGCUUUGGCCGACGCUACCCAACUCUCUUAUGACAUUGCAUUUGACUUUAUGGAUUAUCUUCAACACGAGACAGAAUUUGUACCUUGGACGAUUGCUUCGUCCGCUCUCAUCACUCUUCGCAAUAGACUUCGUCGGGUGGACUAUUAUCAGACGUAUUUGUCGUUUGCACAAGGACUUUUGGCUGAGAUUUACGGAACAGUUGGAUGGGUUCCGGAUGAGGGAAAUCACUUGAAGAAUCGCUUACGUAUUGUCAUUCUGGAAGCAGCUUGUGCGCUUGGCUAUGAACCCUGCCUUGCGGAAGCUGUUAGACGAUUUGAUGAAUGGAUUGCAGAGCCAAGUAACAGACCCGCUCCAGACAUACGAACAAUUGUCUAUUCGUAUGGCAUCGCAGCUACUGAAAACGAGGCCACUUGGAAUAAGGUUUGGGAGCUAUUUUUGAGCGAAACCGACGCUAACGAGAAGGCCAAACUGAUGAGUGCAUUGGCAAUGUCGAAAAUGCCAUUCAUUUUGCAAAAAUACAUCGACUUAGCUUGGGAAGAAAGCAACGUUCGCUCUCAAGACUACUUCAGCUGCAUUCAAUCAAUUGCAGCGAAUCCUAUUGGUGAGACCCUUGUUUGGGACUAUGUACGUGAGAAAUGGCCGGCCCUUGUGGACCGCUUCGGCUUGAAUGAACGUUACCUAGGACGCAUGAUUCCAUCAAUUACCGGCCGUUUCGCUUCCCAAAUUAAAUUGGAUGAAAUGCAAACGUUCUUUGAGAAAUAUCCAGAAGCUGGUGCCGGAGCGGCGGCUCGUAAACAGGCAAUCGAAACUGUUAGAAAUAAUAUACAAUGGUUGGAGGGAAAUAAGGAGAUAAUUGGCCAAUGGUUGAAGAACAGGCCAACGGAAGAAUAAAGUUUUUUUUUAAUUUGUUUUGAUCUGCUCAGUGGUUGUUCACAAUCCUUACGAAGAAGUAUUUAUUGCGUCUAUUGUAGACGCGAUAGUUUUUUGUAUUUUGUCGUAUAUUUAUUGACUACGAUUUUAGAUAGAAGAAAAUAAAAAGAACCAAAAUUUUAAAAAUCGAAA